GAAGAUAGAAGAGGCCAGUAUCGUGCGAUUUUCCGAGACGUCGCACAAGAGUCUCGCGAAAAGUGCUAAAAUACUCACCUAAAGUGUAGUUCUACGGUACAGGAAGUAACUCAAUUAGUGUAGGAUUGUGCCCCGCGUGUGGAGUGAUUGAAAUAGCAAUAUGAAUUAUAAUAUAAGCUGGAUAUUUCCACGAUUGAGAAGACCAUCGACGUUCUGGCAUUUUGCUAGUACAGUCACAAUCGCAGCUGUGGGGCUCUUUAGCAAGAUAAUUAUGGUUUGGCUCAACAAGACACGAGUCUACAAUCGUCACAUCUUGUCAGACACUCUUCGCAACCGCCCUCGUGGAGUUCCACUCAUUACGUGCUCUAAUCACGAGUCAUGCUUCGAUGACCCAGGAUUAUGGGGUGUCCUCCCACUCAAUCAAGUGUGCAAUCACAAUGUGAUCAGAUGGUCUCUUGCAGCUCAUGAUAUUUGCUUUACAAACAAAUACCAUUCCCUGUUCUUCAUGUUCGGCAAGUGUGUUCCUUGCGUGCGAGGUGCUGGUGUUUAUCAGCCCGCAAUGGAUGUUUGCAUAGAGAAAUUGGCUCUCGGAGAAUGGGUUCAUGUUUUUCCCGAGGGUAAGGUGAACAUGGCACAAGAGUAUAUUCGAUUAAAAUGGGGCAUCGGAAGGCUCAUCUAUGAGAGCCCUGUUCUUCCAAUAAUCAUUCCCAUCUGGCAUAAGGGAAUGGAAACUGUUUUACCAAAUGAACCACCCUACAUUUUGAGGGUGGGCAAGAAGGUGACCAUCAACUUUGGGGAUCCUAUUGACUUAAAUGAACUUGUUAAGUCCCUCAAGGAACGGAAUAUUCCUGAACCAGAGGCUAGGAAAGUCAUCACAGAUCGCAUAGAAGAGGAGUUAGAUAAUUUAAGAAUAAAGACGGAACAAUUGCAUAACAAAUGCUGACGAGUGUAACGAGGCUGAAUAGAUUAAUUCGAUGGCGCGUUUUAUCGUGAAAGAAGAGAAUAAGUAGAAAAGUGUAAGUUCGUUACAUUAUUGUAGUGAGAAUGAGUGAGAAAGAAACAAGAAAGUUGUGCCAUGUAAAUAUCUUUCUGGAAUGUCUUAAGAGCGUGAAUAGGAAUGUAAUGUUCUGAUAAAAGAAAAAAAAUCCAGUCCAUUGUAAAACUAAUCUAAUCGACACGUUACUCCAUAAAAACAAAUAUCACAUUAAAUUCUUGUCCCAUUUCCAGA